AUUGAUUUUCUACUUCUCUAUUUAUUUAUUCUUCUUUGCUUGAGUAGCGUUAAUACCGAGUCAUUUGUUACAAUGUUAGAAGAUUAGUAUGCUAAUUUUCAAAGUAAUGGCACCUUUAGUUGCUGGGGUUGUCUUCCUCUCAGUUACCUUCCGUUACUCCAUCGCAGCCGACACUUUGAACCCUAAUCAGCCUCUCCGCGAUGGCCAAACCUUAGUCUCAGCCAAAGAAACCUUUGCCUUAGGCUUCUUCAGCCCUGGCGAAUCAAAGCAUAGAUACGUCGGGAUAUGGUACAACAAGCUACCAGGAGGCCAAACAACAACAGUAGUAUGGGUUGCCAACCGCAGUAGUCCAUUAUCAGGCACCAACGGAAGCUUGGAACUGAAUGGUAAUGGCACUAUGACCAUCAACUCCAUGGUUUUCUUGCCUAUGUCCUCAGUGACCCUUGACAAUCCGGUGGCACAGCUCCUCGAUGAUGGCAACUUUGUCAUCAGAGAAGCCAACAGCAGCGAGUUCGCUUGGCAAAGCUUUGACUACCCGACUGACACCCUUCUCUCCGGCAUGAAGCUUGGCUGGGACUUGAGAACUGGUCUUAACCGCAAUCUGACCUCUUGGAGGAGCAAAGACGAUGCAUCUCCAGGGAGCUACGUUUUAUCCAUUGACCUCGAAGGGAUUCCUCAAAUCAAUGUAUGGUCUGGUUCAACUAAAAAGUGGCGCUCUGGGCCAUGGACUGGUGGUGUCAAGUUCAGCAACCUAGAAGAAAUGCCGCUCCCCUACAGCCUCCGUUUUGGUUUUGUUGACAACAAGGACGAGGUUUACUACAUGUUUAACACAACGGGGACAAAGCUUGUGUGUCGGGUGCUAUUGGACCCGUCCGGCAUGACGAAACAUUUUGUGUGGAUUGAGAGCACUGGCAUGUGGAAUAUUAAUCUGUUCAUGAACUACCCCGUGAACCAGUGCCAGGAGUACUCAAGAUGUGGGCCUUACGGCAUGUGCGCCAUCGAUGUCUGGCCCAUAUGCAGGUGCUUGCAAGGGUUCAAGCCAAAGUCGCCACAGGAGUGGCCUACCAUGGAUGCCUCAUUCAGUUGUGAGCGUCUUACAGCGCUGAACUGCAAGAACAGAUCUGAUGGGUUCAUGACUGUCACCCUUGCCUCGCUGCCAGAAACAUCAAACGCCAUCCUAUACCCAAACAUCAGCUUGAAUGAAUGCAGAGGUAGGUGUUUGAAGAAUUGCUUGUGCACAGGCUAUGCCACAGCCAACAUCAGUGGUGCAGGACACGGGUGCAUUAUUUGGGUGACGGAGCUCAUCGACCUGAGAAUGUCCUCUCAUCCUACACAGGAUAUCUUUGUCCGGCUUGCGGCAGCUGAUCUAGCCCCAAUCUCAAACAAGUCUAGUGAGAAGUAUCAAUCCAAAUCAGUGGUUUUGAUCAUAGUUUUCUCAAUGGUGGCAUUGAUAAUUCCAUUAAUAUACUUCUGUUCAUGGGGAAAGAAGAAGAUGAUACACAAAGACAUUAGAGGAAAUGGUGAAUUUGAACUAGUACAACUUCAAUGGAGUACUCUAAUGGAGGCUACACACAACUUUGCUAAGACAAACAUUCUCGGAGAAGGUGGGUUUGGCCUUGUCUAUAAGGGGAAGCUGGCAGACGGACGUGAAAUAGCGAUUAAGAGACUCUCAUGGAAUUCAACACAAGGCAUUAAUGAGUUUGAAAAUGAACUUACUUUUAUUGCAAAGCUUCAACACCGUAAUCUUGUCCGCCUUUUAGGAUAUUGCAUUAAAGGAGAUGAAAAGAUUCUUGUCUACGAGUACAUGCCCAAUGGAAGCUUGGAUGCAUUUCUAUUUGACAGUGAAAAAAAAGAUCAUUUGGAAUGGCAAACACGCUUCCACAUCAUCGAAGGCAUUGCUCGAGGUCUUUUAUAUCUUCAUCAAGACUCAAGAUUAAGAAUCAUUCAUAGGGAUCUCAAAGCAAGUAACAUCCUUCUAGACAUUGAAAUGAAUCCUAAAAUCUCAGACUUUGGUUUAGCCAGAAAUUUUGGAGAUCGUGAAACAAUGAUCAAGACAAGAAAAGUAGUUGGAACAUAUGGAUAUAUGGCCCCGGAGUAUGCAUUGGAUGGAGUUUUUUCAAUGAAGUCAGAUGUGUUUAGCUUUGGGGUAUUAAUCUUGGAAAUCAUAAGUGGCCAAAGAAAUAGGGUUUUCCUCUCAAGUCCACACCUUUACCUUCUUGGGAAAGCUUGGAGAUUAUGGAAUGACGGGAAGGGUUUGGAUUUAUUAGAUCCAUUAAUCGGAAACUCAUUUUCAAUGACUCAAGUUAUGAGAUGUAUAAAUAUAGGUCUCUUGUGUGUUCAAGAAAAGCCGGAAGAUAGACCAAUCAUGUCAUCAGUAGUUAUCAUGCUAGGCAACGAUGAUGCCCCAUUACUAGAGCCUAAAGAACCAGGGUUUAAAGCUAUUUUUUCCCCUAAACAUGAUGCAGCUUUAAAUCAGAAUGAGUUGCAUACUUUUAAUGAUAUCACACUCACAGAGCAAAUAGGUAGAUACCAACGGCCUUUGGGUCAAUUGGCAUGGGGUCCUUUACGUAAGUUAAUACCAAUCCAUUUGUUGGUCAAGUUGAAUAUGAGCAUGAUGAGAAGGUCCAUAAUAAUGGCACAGUUACUUUCCCAGCUUGUCUUCCUCUUAGCUAUCUUCCAUUAUUCCAUUGCAACAGACACCUUGAACCCUAAUCAGUCCCUCCACGAUAGCCAAAUCUUAGUCUCAGCCAAAGAAACCUUUUCCUUAGGCUUCUUCAGUCCUGGCGGAUCAAAGAACCGAUACGUUGGAAUAUGGUACAACAAGCUCCCACGAAGCCAAACAACAAUCGUUUGGGUUGCCAACCGCCAGAGUCCCUUGUCAGACACCAAUGGAAGCUUAGAACUAAAUGGCAAUGGAACUCUCACCAUCAACUCCAUGAUCUUCCUACCCAUGCCCACAGUGACCCUUACCAAUCCAGUGGCACAGCUCUUAGAUGACGCCAACUUUGUUAUCAGAGAAGCCAACAGCAGUGAGUUCGCUUGGCAGAGCUUUGACUACCCGACUGACACCCUUCUCUCUGGCAUGAAGCUUGGAUGGGACUUGACAACUGGUCUUAACCGCAAUCUCACUUCCUAGCGGAGCAACAACGAUCCAUCUCCAGGGACCUACACCUUAUCCAUGGACCUUGAAAGGAUUCCUCAAAUCAAUUUAUGGUCAGGUUCAACUAAAAGGUGGCGUUCUGGGCCAUGGAUUGGCAUCACGUAUAGCAACAUAGAAGAGCAGCCGAGCUUCACUGGCUUCCGUUUCGGUUUGGUUAGCAACAAGGACGAGGUGUACCACAUGUACAACACAACAGGCGGAAAGAUUGUGGCUCGGACAGUAUUGGACCGGUCAGGCAUGGUGAAACUGUUUGCAUGGGUUGAGAGCGCUGGCAUGUGGAAUAACUUCUUGUACUACCCCAAGAGCCAAUGUGAGGAAUACUCAACUUGUGGGCCUUACAGCGUGUGUGACAUCAAUGUCUUUCCCAUAUGCAGUUGCUUGCAUGGGUUCAAGCGAAAGUCACCGCAGGAGUGGCCUCUCAGGGAUGCAUCAUCAGCUUGUGAGCGCCUCACAGCCUUGGACUGCAAGAAUAGGACUGAUGGCUUCAUGACUAUCACCAUUGCAGCGCUGCCGGAAACGUCAAACGCCAUCCUAUACUCAAACAUCAGCCAGGAUGAAUGCAGAGGUAGGUGUUUGAAGAAUUGCUCGUGCACUGCCUAUGCCACAGCCAACAUCAGUGGUGCAGGAAUUGGGUGCGUUAUUUGGGUCACUGAGCUCAUUGACAUGCGAUUGUCCUCUCAUGCUACACAGGAUGUCUUUGUCCGGCUUGCCGCUGUUGAUUUAGCCUCAAUUCCAAGCAAGUAUAGCAAGAAACGUCAAGCUAUAGCUAUGGUGUUGAUCACUAUUUUCUCAGUGGUGGCACUUAUAAUUUCACUGAUAUGUUUCUAUUCAUGGAGAAAGAAGAGGAUGAUGCACAGAGAUUUUGUUGCAUAUCAUCAACUUCAGAAAGACAUAAGAGGUGAUGAUGAAUUAGAACUAGCACAACUUCAAUGGAGUACUUUAAUGGUAGCUACGGACAACUUCGCUGAAACAAAUAUUCUUGGACAAGGUGGUUUUGGUCUUGUUUACAAGGGGAAGCUAGCUGAGGGACGUGAUAUAGCGGUGAAGAGACUCUCUGGGGAUUCAGCACAAGGCAUUGAUGAGUUUAAGAAUGAAGUUACUUUCAUUUCAAGGCUUCAACACCGCAACCUUGUGCGGCUUUUAGGAUAUUGCAUUCAAGGAGAUGAAAAGAUUCUUGUUUAUGAGUAUAUGCCCAAUGGAAGCUUGGAUGCAUUUCUAUUUGACAAAGAAAAAAGAGUGCUUUUGGACUGGCAAACACGCUACCAUAUCAUUGUAGGCAUUGCCCGAGGCCUUUUAUAUCUUCAUCAAGACUCAAGAUUGAGGAUUAUACAUAGGGAUCUUAAGGCUAGCAACAUCCUUCUUGACAAUGAUAUGAACCCCAAAAUCUCAGACUUUGGGCUUGCUAGAAAUUUUGGAGAACAUGAAAUGAUGACCAAAACAAAGAAAGUCGUUGGCACAUAUGGAUAUAUGGCCCCAGAGUAUGCAUUGGAUGGGGUUUUCUCAGUGAAAUCAGAUGUAUUUAGCUUUGGGGUAUUAAUUUUGGAAAUCAUAAGCGGCCAAAGAAAUAGGGUCUUUCUCUCAAAGCCCCACCUUUAUCUUCUUGGGAAAGCUUGGAGCUUAUGGAACGACAAAAAAGCUUUUGAUUUACUGGAUCCAUUAAUUGGCAACUCAUGUUCAGUACCUCAAGUCAUGAGAUGUGUAAAUAUAGGUCUCUUGUGUGUUCAAGAAAAGCCGGAGGACAGACCAAUCAUGUCAUCAGUGGUUAUCAUGCUGGGCAAUGAUGAUGCACCAUUACUAGAGCCUAAAGCACCAGGUUUUAAAGCCAUUUUUUCCACUAAACUUGAUUUAGCCUCAAAUCAGACUGAGUUGCAUACUUUUAACAUCGUCACACUUACAGAGCCGCAAACAGGUCGAUAGUGAUUUUUGUAAUAGAAUGAUAUAGAGCUUAAACAAAUGAGAAACUCAUAGUCCAUGUUUCAGAUCAUUUGUAAUCUAUAUGCACUGUUAACCUGAAAGGUAGAAGUUUAUACUAAAAUUAUCUUUCAUUAUUAAAA